AUGACAUCCAUAAAUAAAGUUGAUCGAGUAAUUUUAUUUUCUCAAUGUCAAUUUUUUAUUGAUUAUCGUUCAAGUCAAAAUGGUUGUGAUAGAUCUCUUCGUUUAGGAAAUGAAUUAGAAAACAAAUAUGGUGCUAAUAUUGUUGAACAACCACAAGUUUCUUCUACAACACAUAUUAUUUUUAAAAAUGGAAAUUUAGAAACAAAAUUAUUUGCUGAAAAAUAUAAUAUACCAUUGGUUGAUCCAAUGUGGUUAGAACAUUAAGAACUUCCUUUCGAUCAAUUAGCAAUAUCAAAUAAAGAUCUAAUUGCACCAUCUACACCUAAAAAUCAGAUAGAACAACCACAAAAUAUAAAUAUUGAUUCAGGAAAAAAAAGUAAAAAAGUUCUUUAUACACCAAUUCGUGGUCAAUUUGAUCAAGGAAAUCCACAUGAAUAUUUUGAUCAUCAAAAACGAAUAAUUAAACUCGAAAAUUUAGGCAUGAAUUUAUCAGAUAAUAAUCAUAUGUUAAUUCAUCGAUAUGGAUGUAGUGUUGCUCGUCGACAAAUUCAAGAAAAUUCUCGUCCUCAAUCUGAAUUAAAAAAUAGACCAUCAAUAUCUUUACAACACGAAGAGUUACCAACAACAAUAAGUAUUCCAUCUCAAUCUCAAUCAUCGCCUAUUAUUCAUUUUGCUAAUCCUGUUCGUCAAGUUCGAAAUCCUGAAAUUCAAAUCGUUGUGUCUCCUUCAACAACAUUCGAUUUUGAUAGUCAACACCAAUAUGCUGCAUUAGGUAAUCUUCCUCAAUCAACUCCUCUACCAUCUCCAAGAUUACGUUCAAAAUUACCAUUAAAUAAUAAUAAUAAUAAUAAUCAACCAAAUGAAAUUUUAAUUGAAAAAAAUCUUCAAAAUCCGAUAGAAAAUCAAUUUAUAACACCAUUAAAAACGAUUGAUUAUACAUCGUUUACGAAAGUAACACCUUUAAAUCAAAUAAAUACUAAAACAAAAUCAAGAAUUCGAUUUGAAAUAUGUCAUAAUGACGAUGACGAAAGAGAUUUAAUAUUACCAAAUGUUAAAGAAAUAAUUCGUGAACUUGAAAUAUCAACAAAUAAUGAUCGAAUUAUUCCACGACCACCACCACUUCUUGCACUUUCGCAAGCUAUUCGAACUAAACAUCCUGAACAAUUAAUCGAUACAAAAUUAUAUAAUCAAUUACCAUCUAUUAAAGAUUUACCGAAUGCACCAGCUAAUUACUCAUUUGUUUUCUAUGGAUUUACAUCAAUACAAUUAGAAGAAGCUAAACGAUUAACACGUCGUAUGGGUGAUUGUUUUUCAUUUGAAACAAUUGAUAUGACAAUAACACAUGUUAUUUUACCUGAUGAUGAUCCUCAAAUGACAUUAACAAUUGAUCUUCUUCUUGCAUCGAUUUACGGAUGUCGUUUAGUGACAUUUGAAUGGUUAAAAUCUUCAUCACGUAUUGGUGAAUGGUUAAAUGUUAAUAAAUUUGAACCGAAACAUUUUUUUCAAACAAAUCCAUCAUUAAGUAUUUAUCGUAAAUCUCGACAACAACAAAAAGCAAUACAUUUAUUUAAUGAAUGUGGUCUUAUUUAUUUAACAUCAUUAGUUAAACAACGACCAUUAUUACUUAAAUUGAUAACAUUAUUAGGUGGUAAUAUUACAGUUAGUCGGAAUCUAGCAAAAAUUGUUGUUGGACAGUCAUCAAAACCACUUCAAAUUAUCAUUUACCCACAAGUUAAUGAACAAUGGGUUAUUGGUAAUUUUAAAUUUAUUUGUUUUUUUUUCUUACUUUAUUUUGUUGUUCCUAUUUUAGAUUCAAUUAAAUUAGGACAAUGUCUUCCAACAGAUGAUUAUCUUAUUGACAAUAAUAAUGAAUAA